AUGGUCUAUAACGUUCCUCCCAUCACGAAGCACGGAGAUCCUGCCGUCACCAACAUUAAUGACUUCGUCGCUCGUCUGACAAGAGCCGCUUAUCCUGGUGCUUAUCUUGUGGAAUUCUUCCCUUGGAUGCGCCAUUUCCCUAGUUGGCUCGCAAAGUGGAAGAAGACCGCGGAGGACUGGUAUUCAAUGGACUCAGCUAUGUUCGAGGGCCUCUUCAAGGACGUUAAGGGUCGUCUGGUAUCAGGAGAUCAUCGCGCUAGCUUGGCCAGCACCCUCAUCAACGAAGCCGCCCGCCACGGACUUUCAGAUCGGGAGAACGCGUGGCUCGCUGGAACGAUGUAUGCUGCUGGUUCCGAGACUACUUCGGGUGUCAUGGCUUGGUGGAUGUUGGCUUUGCUCGCUUUCCCGGAGACCCAGAAGCGUGCACAGGCGGAAAUUGACGAGAUCGUCGGACGGAGCAGACCUCCCAGGUUCUCUGACCUGCAGAGCAUGCCUUACAUGCGCGCUAUGGUUAAGGAGGCUUUGAGAUGGCGCCCAGUUGAUCCCGUUGGUCUUCCUCACCGCAGCACCGAGGAUGACUGGUACGAUGGCAAAUUCAUCCCCAAGGGCUCAAUCGUCAUCGCAAACGUGUGGCACCUCAACCGCGACCCAGGUACCUUCGGCGCAGACGCUCACCUCUUCAACCCUGCGCGCCACCUUGACGCCAACGGGCAGAUCGGACCUGGUCCCGCCGACAUGAAGGAGGAG